ACAUAAAAAAACGUGAUUUUCACAUUCUAUUUUUUGCGUAUUUAUUAAUAUUUUAAAGAAAGUGAAUAUAAAGAAAGAGUUUUAUCAUGUACGAACAUAACGAACAAGGUCAAUUCAGUGAUGCAGAUGACACUGAGAAACCGCUGAAUACGUGUAAAGGAUGGCCACUAUUUUAUUGUGAACUUUCUAAAGACAUAAGUAAUUUGUAUGUUUCAAAUAGUGAAGAAAGAGAAGAUGAUGAGAAUGAUGAUAAUGAUGAUAAUGAUGAUAAUUUAGAAGAUGAUGAUUUCAUCUGGGAUGAAGAUCGAAGCAGAACUGGUUCAAAAGAUAUUGUUAAGAAUAUUCAAACAAAAAAUGUUAAUGCUCAGAGUAUUUCCAAUAAGAUUAGUAAUUAUCAACCAUCAGAUAAAUUAUUUCGUCGUUAUUCUAACAAAAUUAAUAUUGAAAAAUAUGAGGGUCCAUCUUUGCCAGAACAUGCAGCAAAUAUUUUAAUUGAAAAUGAUAAGCGUGUGGAAAAGGAUAGGCUACGAAUAAAAGACAAACAUGAUCGUGCAACUGUUGAACAAGUUUUAGAUCCACGUACAAGAAUGAUAUUAUUUAAACUGUUAAAUCAAGGUAUAAUUGCAGAAAUUAAUGGCUGCAUUUCAACAGGCAAAGAAGCUAAUGUUUAUCAUGCAAUUUCAAAGACAGGAGUAGAAUUUGCAAUAAAAAUAUAUAAAACAUCAAUUUUACAAUUUAAGGAUAGAGACAAAUAUGUCACUGGUGAAUUUCGUUUUCGUCAUGGUUACUGUCGCCAUAAUCCGCGCAAAAUGGUACGGACAUGGGCUGAAAAAGAAUUUAGAAAUUUAAUACGUCUUCAGCAAGGAGGAGUAAAUGCUCCAAAACCAAUUUUACUACGUAGCCAUGUACUAUUAAUGGAUUUCAUAGGCACCAAUGGCUGGCCAUCACCAAAACUAAAAGAUGUUGUUCUUACUGCUUCUAAACCAAGAAAAUUAUACAGAGAGUGUAUUGAAACAAUGUGGAAACUAUAUAAUAAAUGCAAGCUUGUUCAUGCUGAUUUAAGUGAAUAUAAUAUACUAUAUUAUGAUGGAUCUCUUAUAAUAAUAGAUGUAUCUCAGGCAGUUGAACAUGACCACCCUAUGGCUCUUGAAUUUCUUAGGAAAGAUUGUACAAAUAUUACUGAGUUCUUUAAGAAAAAUGAUGUAGGAGUGAUGACUAUCAAGGCAUUAUUUGACUUUAUAACAGAUCCAACAAUAACUGAGGAGAAUAUGGAUAAAUAUUUAGAUACAAUAUCAGCGCAGAUGGCACAACAAAGCGGAGAAAAUGUUGAUCCUAAACAACAAAUAGAAGAACAAGUGUUUAAACAAGCCUACAUACCUCAAAAUUUAACACAGGUCAUUGAUAUUGAGCGCGACAUCAAACUUGCUAAAUCUGGGAAAGAGGAUUUAAUAUAUAAAACUCUAGUUGGUUUAAAAGGAGACUUAUCCAAGCCCGUUGAUACUCCUGAAAUUCUAGCCGAAGUUUCUAAGAAAACUGUUAAUUUAGGCGAGAAAGAUGAUUCAUCUGAAGAAACUGAUGAUUCUGAGGAAGAUCAAAAUAGUGAAGAAGAAAAUGUAGUCGAAAAUGAGUCAAAUUUUGUGAAUUCGGCUCGACCUCGAAAUGAGAGUAGAGAUAGUAAAAAAGCACGGAAAAAAGCCGUAAAGGAACAACAAGCAGAAAAUAGGAAAACUAAAAUAAAAAAACAUAUAAAGAAGAGAAAAGAAAAAAUCUUAAAAAAGAAAUAA